GUUUUAUUAAGAAUUAAUCUGGCAACUUUCUAUUCUGCUUAAUUUUCCUGUUAAAUAAAUGUUUGGUUUCGUCCAGGCUAAGGGGAAAAUGCUUUCAGAUCUAUUUUUUGAAGAAGAAGAUCUUCCUUAUGAGGAAGAUAUUUUACGCAAUCCUUACAAUGUUAAGUGUUGGCUGCGCUACAUAGACCAUAAAAAAAGUGCUAAAAAGGAAGUUCUCAACACAGUCUAUGAAAGGGCACUGAAACAGCUGCCAGGGAGUUACAAACUCUGGUACAAUUACCUGAAACUGUUGCGCACACAGGCGCGUGGUAAAGUUGUAACAGACCCAAAAUAUGAAGAAGUUAACAGUGCCUUUGAAAGGUCAUUGGUUUUCAUGCAUAAGAUGCCAAGGAUUUGGUUGGAUUACCUACAUUUUUUGAUUGGUCAAGGCCGAGUUACCAGAACCCGAAGGUGUUUUGACAGAGCAUUGCGGGCACUUCCCAUCACUCAACACAAUCGCGUAUGGCCACUUUAUUUAAAGUUUGUUCGCUCACAUGACCUACCAGAAACAGCGGUUAGAGUCUACAGGAGAUAUUUAAAGCUGCAAAAAGAAGGCUCAGAAGAAUACAUUGGAUUCUUGAUGUCUAUUGGGUGGCUGGAUGAAGCAGCACAACGGUUGGCUGACAUUAUUAACGAUGAAGGAUUUGUGUCUGUUGAGGGGAAAUCCAAACACCAGCUAUGGAAUCAGCUUUGUGAACUGAUUGCCAAGAACCCAGACAAAGUGACAUCUUUGAAGGUGGAGCCCAUCAUUCGUCAAGGCCUCAAAAGGUAUACAGAUCAAAUUGGUGUAUUGUGGAACUCCUUGGCUGACUACUACAUUAGGGGAGGACAUUUUGAAAGAGCUCGUGACAUCUAUGAAGAAGCCAUCCAAACAGUGAUGACUGUGAGAGACUUUACCCAAGUGUUUGAUGCCUGUGCCCAGUUUGAGAAAAGUAUGAUAGCAGCAAAGAUGGAGACAAUGGAGGAAGAAGGAGCCAAUGAAGAAGAUGAUUUUGAAUUAGAAAUUCGUCUUGCAAGGCUUGAAAGUUUGGUUGAUCGUAGACCCCUACUACUCAACAGUGUACUACUUCGUCAAAAUCCCCACAAUGUUCAUGAAUGGCAUAAGAGAGUUACAUUAUUUGAAGGGAAUCCAAGAGAGAUAAUUAACACAUACACUGAAGCUGUUCACACAGUGGAUCCAAAAAUAGCAUCUGGGAGACCACAUUCUCUUUGGGUGGAAUUUGCAAAGUUUUACGAAAAAAAUGACCAAAUUCAAGAUGCCCGUAUUGUGUUUGAAAAAGCCACCCAAGUGCCCUACAAACAUGUGGACGACCUGGCCUGUGUCUGGUGUGAGUGGGCCGAGAUGGAGCUCAGACAUGAUAACAGUGAGGAAGCUCUGAAACUCAUGCAAAGGGCAACAACUCCAAUGAAAAGACAAGUUAUGUACCAUGAUGAGACGGAAACGGUACAGUCUCGCGUCCACAAGUCCUUGAAGGUGUGGUCACUCUAUGCAGACCUGGAGGAGAGUUUUGGAACUUUCAAAUCCUGUAAAGCUGUUUAUGAUAAGAUCAUUGACCUGAGGAUUGCCACACCCCAGAUCAUUAUAAACUACGCCAUGUUCUUGGAGGAGAACAACUAUUUUGAAGAAGCCUUUAAGGCUUAUGAAAAAGGUAUUGCACUUUUCAAGUGGCCCAAUGUAUAUGACCUUUGGACAACUUACCUGUCAAAGUUUAUUUCACGUUACGAAGGCACAAAAUUGGAGAGAGCCAGAGAUCUAUUUGAACAGUGCUUAGAGAAAUGUCCAGAGCAAUAUGCCAAAGAAAUCUACCUACUCUAUGCUAAACUUGAGAUGGAACAUGGAAUGGCUCGUCACGCUAUGGCUGUCUAUGAAAGGGCUACCCGAGCUGUCUUACCAGCGGAGCAGUACGAGAUGUUCAAUAUUUACAUAAAAAAAGCAGCGGAGGUGUAUGGGGUCACCCACACAAGAACCAUCUACGAGACGGCCAUUGAAGUUUUAUCCAAUGAUCAGGCCAGAGAGAUGUGUCUACGUUUUGCUGACCUGGAGAAAAAGUUGGGUGAAAUAGAUAGAGCUCGAGCUAUCUAUGCUCAUGGCUCACAGAUCAGUGACCCCAGGGUGGCGCCACAAUUUUGGGACUCAUGGAAAGAAUUUGAGAUCAACCAUGGGAAUGAGGACACUGUACGGGAGAUGUUGAGGAUCAAGAGAAGUGUGCAGGCCACGUACAACACCCAAGUGAACUUCAUGUCAGCCCAGAUGUUGGCAGCACAGAGCAAGAAACAGGAGGGUAGCAGUGCAGAUGUUGGUGAUGAGAUGCAGCACUUAGAAGCCCGGGCCAGACAACUGGUACAAGAAUCUCUACAGGAAAAAGCACAGGCAGAGAAAAAGCUUCUAUUCGUCCGAAGCACACAAGAAGAGCUAGGGGAACUUACCAAGACCAACAACCCUGAAGAAAUUAACAUUGAUGAGGAUGAGACUGAUGAAGAGGUAGAAGAGCUGGAAGUUGAGCAACAAUCUGUACCCUCUGAAGUCUUUGGAGGGCUAGCGCCACCUCAAGCAAAUGAUGAUGAUUAAAGGAUAGAUUCUUGUAGACAGUCAAAUCAUUUUCUGCUUAGUCUACAGUAUUUGUUUACUCAGUCAAUAAAGAAUCAAUUGCU